CGCACACACACACACACACACACACACACACACACACACACACACACGCACACACACACACACACACACACACACACACACAGACACCGACACAGCAGCGGAUCACAGCCGAGCGGAGAGAGCCAAGUCCCGCCGUGGCAACCAUGUCUGUGCUGGCCCCACCCCCCAGCAGCAGCGCCGACGCGUGCCUGAGCAUCGUCCACAGCCUGAUGUGUCACCGUCAGGGCGCAGAGAACGAAGGCUUCGCCAAGCGAGCCAUUGAGAGUCUGGUGAAGAAACUGAAGGAGAAGAAAGAUGAGCUGGACUCGCUCAUCACCGCCGUCACCACCAACGGAGUCCAUCCCAGUAAGUGUGUGACCAUCCAGAGGACGCUGGACGGACGGCUGCAGGUAGCAGGGAGGAAGGGUUUCCCUCAUGUGAUCUACGCCCGUCUGUGGCGUUGGCCCGACCUCCAUAAGAACGAGCUCAAACACGUGAAGUUCUGUCAGUUCGCCUUCGACCUGAAGUACGACAGCGUGUGUGUGAACCCCUACCACUACGAGCGGGUGGCGUCCCCCGCCACAGGUCCUCAGGUUCUGGUGAAGGAGGAGUUCAUGCAGGACUGUCUGCAGAUCGACCUGCCCCCCCACGCUGACCCGUACAGCCAGCCCCGCCCUGUCAGCAUGUAUCCCAGCAUGCCCCUCUCUCCUCUCGGCAGCAGCUCCAUGACGAGGGGUGCCGGGGCGGCCGUACCUGGUGGAGGUGGUGAGGGUCCAGGCCUCCUUCAGAUUGCUCCACCUUCAAACCAUGGAGGCCACGCCUCCCCACCUCACCCAAACCCCUCCCACACCCCCCAGCCUCCUCACCCCUCCACCCCUACCUCCCCACAGAGCCCCGAGUACAGCAGCCCCCCCAACACUGCCACCUGGUCAGGUAAUAGCUCCGCCCCCUACAGCCCUGCAGGACCUCACCAGAGUGGGCGGAGCCACCAGCAGCUCCCUGUACAUCAUCAUCACCACGCCCCCAACACUCACUUCUGGUCGCAGCAUCACAGCACAGCUCCAUAUCCACAGCCAGUGUCCAACCACCCAGGUCCAGAGUUCUGGUGUUCCAUCUCGUACUUUGAGUUGGACGUUCAGGUCGGGGAGAUGUUUAAGGUUCAGUCCAGCUGUCCUCUGGUGACGGUGGACGGAUAUGUGGACCCCUCAGGAGGAGACCGGUUCUGUUUGGGACAGCUGAGUAAUGUCCACCGCACCGCUGCCAGCCACCGUGCCAGGCUCCACAUUGGUCGGGGGGUUCAGCUGGAGUGUCGGGGGGAGGGGGACAUUUGGAUGCGUUGCCUUAGCGACCACUCCGUGUUCGUCCAGAGCUUCUACCUGGACCGUGAGGCGGGUCGAGCUCCGGGUGACGGAGUGCACAAGAUUUACCCCGGAGCGCACAUCAAGGUGUUCGAUCUCCGGCAGUGUCACCGUCAGAUGCAGCAGCAGGCGGUGGCAGCUCAGGCGGCCGUGGUGACUCAGGCGGCAGCGGUCGCCGGUGCAAUUCCCGGGCCAAACAGUGUGGGAGGGAUCGCCCCUGCCAUCAGUGUGUGCUCAGCAGCAGGUCUGGGUGUGGACGACCUGCGGCGGCUCUGUAUCGUGCGUCUGAGCUUUGUUAAGGGGUGGGGCUGUGAUUACCCUCGUCAGAGCAUCAAGGACACCCCCUGCUGGCUGGAGGUGCACCUGCACCGAGCACUUCAGCUGCUCGACCAGGUGCUGGAGCUGGUGGUGGAUAACUGUCGCUCCUCUGAUGGAGACGUUGAAGGAGUGACGGAGGAGUACAAACACCUGGAGAUCCUCAGCAUGGUGAACGUCGGACUCACGUCGCUCUGCAAGCUGCCGCCACUGCCCAAACUACGCAAGCUGGAGGUCAGUGAUAACGGCGUCGUUGGCGGUCUGGACUCGUUGGCGGAGAAAUGUCCGAACCUGACGUACCUGAACCUGAGCGGGAACAAGAUCAAAGAGCUCAGCACCAUCCAGGUCCUGCAGAACCUGAAGAACCUGAAGAGUCUGGACCUGUACAGCUGUGAGGUUUCGACUCUGGAGGACUACAGGGAGAGCGUGUUCGAGCUGCUGCCUCAGCUCAGCUACCUGGACGGGUACGACCAGGAGGACAACGAGGUGCCGGACUCCGAGGGCGACAACGACGAUGACGAUGAGGCCGGUCCACCUGGAGACGACGAUGAUGAGGAGGAUGAAGAUGAGGAGGAUGAUGAUGAAGGCUCUGAGGAGGACGAGGUGGGCCUGUCGUACCUCAUGAAGGAGGGCAUCCAGGAUGAAGAGGACGAUGGAGACUACGUGGAGGAGGAGGAGGAGGACGAAGAGGAGGAGGAGGACGGAGAUGAUGCUGCAGGUGUGCGAGGCGAGAAGAGGAAAAGAGACGCCGAGGACGAAGGUGACGACGACGACGACGACGAAUAAACACUGUAACACCUGGCCCCGCCCUUACAUGCCCCGCCCCCUCAAGUGACCUCUGGCCCCGCCCACUGACCGCCCAGACACCACCUCAGAGCCGCAGACGGACAGGAAGCCCCCGAGACCAGGACCAGGACCAGGACCAGGACCAAAUCCACAUCUCCUCAAACACCCCCACAAAAAGCUAAACUUCACGCCGUCAGGUGACUGAUGAUGUCAUCCUGACAUGUGAUCUGAUUGGACCAGUAGGGGGACGUACAGGUCUGCAGUCCUGCUGUUACCAUGGCGACUGACACAGCUGUACAGUGACCCGCUGACAGCUACGUGACUUUUAGACUGAAAAUCCAGGAUGAUUUUAAACAACUUCCUUUUUAUAAAACGAAGCUCCACCUCCUCCAGAACAGGAAGCUCCUGGUCCAGGUGUAGGUGUACCGUGUCCCGUGUCCAGGUGUACAGUGUCCAGGUGUACAGUGUCCAGGUGUACAGUGUACAGGUGUACCGUGUACAGGUGUACCAUGUACAGGGGUACAGGUGUGUACACCUGUGUACAGGUGUACAGUACCCAUGGCCCUCAGCAGCUGAUUCUGGCAGCGGUGCAUUCUGGGAUGAUUUGUUUAUUUUUAAAGAGUCCUGAUCCUGAUGUUCCAGACCUGGACCAGGACCAGGACCAGGAUCAGGUCUCUUCAAACACCCCCAAAAAAACAAAGUGAGUUGCAUUUAGCCCCGCCCCCUCUCACCUGUCACCUGUGUGUCUGUGGCUCUCGGUGUUGGCCCGGCUCCUCCCGGUCUCUGAGGAUCUGGACCUUGGAUCCGGUCCCUGGUCUGUGUAAAUAGUCAACUGGUCUCUAGGUUUUGGUGUCGUCCUCGUGGAGCCGGUUCUGGUCCCGUUUUAUUUUUUUAUUCCCGUCUGAUUGUUUCUGUGACCCGACUGUUUUUCAAUAAAAACAUCUGAACUGAA